GUGCCCACUGGACCACAUUCAAUCCUUUUUAGCCAACUAGUGGCAAUGUUUUGCAUCGGAGAAAUUUCCUCUCAAAACUCUUUGAAGAUUAAUUUUCCGAUGUUUCGUCAUACAUUGGCCUUCCAUCGUUUUAUACGGUGUUCAAUGCGGACUUCGACAACAACCUAGCAAUGGAUGCGUCUCUGAUGGUGUGCACAUGGAACGCUACAGAUCACGCGUUGGUUGAAUGCCGCAACUGGGAGCAGAGCUACAUGUAAGUGAACAAUAUGGACAUACGGAAUGCAGAGCUGGAAGUUCUUGGAACGGUUCUUACAGUGUCCUCUAUCAAGAACUACGCUAAAGUGCCUCACUGCUUCCUCUCACUUAACCAACUGAAAGACUACCACAGGAGGUUGAACGUGUAUAGAAAUGUGACAAGAGAUUCGGUUUCUUUCAGACUCUAUUAAGUCGACGACACAAUCAUUCAUUGGAACGGAUUACAAAAAUAGAAGGCAGAUAUUUACGGUUUCGAAAAGGAUGAUACCAAGGACGCAAGGAAUUCAAAUCUUGUGCAGGAGGUGAUUAUAUUUACUAUUGACCACCACAAACGAGAGCAUACAGUACGUGCGCGAUGAACACGUUUGCUAUGACACUCGAACGCUUUCUCUUGAUCAACAUUUGUCUUUUCUACUCUACCCAGUCAGCUGUGGGAGAAGUCUCUCUUCCAUCUUCGUGGAUGCUCUUCCAUCCACAAGAAGACGGUCACCUUCCGAUGGGCAUGAGUUUUAUGACUUGUACGUGGAAAUCGCUUGAGCAAAAGCUGUCCGAAUGCGGCAACAGUGAUGUGAGCUAUGGAGGCGUAACCAACUUCGACAUCCACAACAGCCAUUUGCAAGACCGAGACUACGAAUUGGUCGUUCCCUUUGUGAGGUCCUAUUCAAAAUUUCCAUAUUGUUUGUCAACAACAGUCCAUAGCUAUGGCAACAUGUCUUACGCAUCAUCAACGAUAUCUACUGUUGUCGCAUAUGCUACAAACGACAAAAUCGUGUUUAUGCGAAAUACAGACAAGAAAGCCAACAAAUGGUCAAUGACCUCUAUAGAGUACGACGUCAAAUUCAGCGUUUAUUGCUUGGCAGCCAUGCCUUCUAAUCGAUCACCAUUUGAAUACGAGGCGGACAAUGGCGCAACGGAAUCUCUUCCAUCCGCCUGGUUCUUUGUGGAUCCGGUUUCAGACGCCUCCUCACCUUUGGGUAUGAGUUUCGUGGUUUGUGCUGUGUGGGACGCCUCAUCGACUGCUCUGGUUGCAUGCGAAGAUAUGCAAUUUACGUACGGAGGAUUGGUGAAUAUGGAGCCAUCUCGUGCAGAGGUGAUCUAUGAAAGCGAUUAUGAAAUGCUAUACGUACCGUUUACCACUCCAUACUCAAAACCACCUGUUUGCAUGUAUUCAAAUUACAAUACUCAUCGAACUGUUAUCACACCAUCCAUAGCUGGAGUGUCUCUCACAAGAUAUGUUGAUGAUUAUACACUCCUUCCGUGGGUGCCAACUGGACCAUAUCCAAUCCUUUUUAACCAACCCGUGGCAAUGUUUUGCAUCGGAGAAAUCCCGUCUCGAAACUCUUUGAAAAUGCCAGAUCAAUUUUCCGACGUUUCGUCAUACAUUGGUCUACCAUCGUUUUGGGCGGUAUUCAAUACGGACUUUGACGGCAAUCUAGCAAUGGGUGCGUCUCUGAUGGUGUGCACGUGGAACGCGACAGAUCACGCGUUGGUUGGAUGCGACGACUCGGAGCAGAGCUACGGGGGAGUGGCCAACAUGGACAUACGGAAUGCAGAGCUGGAAGUCCUCGGAACGGUUCUUACAGUGUCCUUUAUCAAGACAUACGCGAAAGUGCCUCACUGCUUUCUGUCACUUAACCAACUGAAAGACUACCCGAAGAUGUUAAACGUGUAUAGCAAUGUGACAAGAGAUUCGGUUUCUUUCCGUCGUUAUGUCGACAACAUAAUCAUUCAGUGGAACGGAACCGAGCACGUUAUCCAUUCCAGGUUUACCUUGCUGUGUAUUGGUGCAAUGGCAUGGGCUGCUUGAAAUGGAAAGUGGAACUUUAAUUAACAUGAGCAGCUGCAAAGAUACCGUAAGCUGAUACCAGCACUGGACUCAUUUGCAAUAGAAUUCUGUAGCACGCAGAGAUGUAGAUUGAUGUAUGGUAUAGUAAUUAUUCUUGCACUGUUGCCAACUGCAUGCGUUGGCUAUAUGCUAGAAUACGUAGAUAUUACACUGCUCUUGCAUAGAAGCAAAUUUGCAUUGUGUAAUGCUAGCACGUUUUUAGGUAACAACAAUAAAAGCAGAU